GUUUAUUCCCACAUCUUGUUCACAUCUUUUUUAGAUAUUCACCACAGAUUUAUACUCAGAUAUUUGUCUGUGAUAAACGAAAAUAUAAUAAUAUAAUGGGUCACAAACAAGCAUAUCGCCGCCCAGACGGUCUUGGACGGGCUAUCAUCAAUUCACGCAAUAAAACCCGACGAGGACAGCGAGAACUCCCCGACGGUACCACGAGCGCUACCAAGGAAGACAAACAACCUGGCUGGGUCCGUCUGCAAUCAGUCACACAGGAGCGCGAUCUCGACGAGUUUUUGAACACCGCAGAGCUCGCGGGCACAGAUUUUACGGCCACCAAACUCAACAUCAAGAUCUUACACCAAGAUCAGACAAAUCAGUACCUACUGACUGAGGAGCAACAACAAGCUGCAGACGAGCGACAACAAUCCAACAGAAGGCGGUUGACGGUCCCUCGUCGUCCUGCCUGGGAUUCAUCUACGACUCGAGAUGAGCUCGACAGAGCAGAGAAGGCCUCUUUUCUGGAGUGGCGCAGAGGGCUUGCCGAGCUAGAAGAGCAGCACGAUCUUUUGCUUACACCAUUUGAGCGAAAUUUGGAGGUCUGGCGUCAGCUAUGGCGAGUUGUGGAGCGAUCGUCGGUCGUCGUGCAAAUUUGCGACGCGCGCGAACCGAUGUUCUAUCGAUCACAAGAUCUGGCGGUCUAUGUUCGCGAGUUGGCUUUCAACGAGAAGAAGGAGAAACGAAAUCUGCUACUGAUCAAUAAAGCCGAUUUACUCACCGUUCGGCAAAGACGACUUUGGGCCCGGCACUUCAAAAAAGAAAAGAUCAGAUUCGCGUUCUUCUCGGCAGCCAUGGCGAGUCUGGAGGAUGCAUUCGAGGUGAUGAGUCUUAAUCGUGAGGUGGACGAGGAGCUGAAACGAGAAUCCGAUGAAGAUGAUGUUACCGCCGAGGAUAUCCACGUUCUAUCGGUUGAUGAGCUGGAGGAUCUUUUCUUGAAAACCGCGCCACCACCAGAGAAUGAAACAGACAAGAUCUAUAUCGGAUUGGUGGGAUACCCCAACGUCGGAAAAUCGUCGACUAUCAACGCUCUCCUGGGAGCAAAGAAAGUGUCCGUUUCGGCCACACCCGGAAAAACAAAGCACUUCCAGACCAUCCACCUUAGUGAGCGGGUAAUCCUCUGCGAUUGUCCGGGUCUCGUGUUUCCGAACUUUGCAUCUACGAAAGCAGAGCUGGUCUGCAACGGUGUCUUGCCCAUUGACCAGAUGAGAGAAUACACGGGUCCAGCGGGAUUGCUUGCCCAGAGAAUCCCGAAAGCAUACAUAGAAAAGACCUAUGGAAUCAAGAUCCACACACGUCCAGAGAUCGACGGCGGUACGGGCAUCCCCACUGCCGAUGAGCUGUUGGGUGCUUAUGCCAUCGCUCGUGGAUUUAUUCGGAGUAGUAAAGGUGGUCGUCCGGAUGAGUCGAAAGCUGCCAGAGUUAUCCUGAAGGACUAUGUCAAAGGAAAGCUGCUAUACUGUAUUCCGCCGCCUGGAAUCGAUCCUGUCGAGUACAACAAAGAGACCUAUGGUGAUUUGUAGAGCUUAUCGGGUUUUCAGAAUUGAUUCUUUGACUGCAGGGAUUUUGAUUUUGAUUCUAUUGUGUUGUUACGAAUAAUUGGGGAUGAUGCAUGUCCGUAUGUGGUGACCUUUUCCAUUGUAUAUAGAUGAGCGAACCAGACUAGGAGUUCUUCAUUUGGGAGAUAUCGAAUACAUAGUUAUAUUUUGCACGCAAACAC